AUGGUCAGUCCAAAACAAUCUCAACAAGAAGACACGUCAAAUGAAAGUGAUGCAAAGAAAAUGAGAAAGAAGAAAGGGUUCAGAGGAGAAACAGUGGCCGAUAGGUUAUUGGCGUCAGCAAGAAGAAUGCAAGAGAUGAGAAUAUCUGAAAAUGGAAACAGUCGACCUGGAGUGAUGCAUGGAAAUCAGACGGCACAACCAAAUGAGAGUUCGAACCAAACGCUAAAAUUGGAAAAAUUAGGCAAAGCUACCAACGAGAUUGACGAUUUAUCAGCACUGGAGUGGGAAACAUCUUCGGAACAAAGCGGCAUUUGA